UUCUUUUUCUUCUUCGUCUACACGACUCCAAGGCCGCGUGAGCAGUGAGCUUCUUCAUGGGACAAUGGCGGAGCCUAGCAAAGGAGGCAAUGGAUCGAGGCUUAAUUGUAGCGAAGUUCUGCUCCCUCCUCCACAUAACUAACACCUACCUCUGCUCCUGCAAUCUCGUGCACGGACCCAGUAUGCUCCCUACUUUGAAUAUAACCGGCGACGUGGUGAUUACCGAACACGUGUCCCAUCGGCUCGGGAAGCUGGGUCGCGGCGAUUUAGUACUGGUUCGCUCACCGGAAAACCCUGGAAAGAUAAUGACCAAGCGUAUUGUGGGCAUGGAGGGUGAUCGAGUCUCUUUCUUUCUGGACCCAAACUUCGGUGAAAGGUGUCGAACUGCUGUGGUCCCCAAGGGGCAUGUUUGGAUUCAGGGGGAUAACAUAUACGUCUCCAAUGAUUCGCGUCAUUUUGGCCCUGUUCCUUAUGGCCUUAUUCAAGGAAAAGUGUUUCUCAGGGUAUGGCCCCCUGAUGGCUUUGGAUUCCUGGGGAGUGAUUGAAGAAAGUAUAGAUUUAUUUGAGGUAUACAAUAUGGAAAGAUUACUACUUGUACCUGUCUUUGUUACUCUUACAGGCAUUGAUAUAAAUUAGAAAUGGCCAAUUUUGGUUUAUAAGAAAAUUGCUACUUCACUUUGUAUGCGAUGAAGAUGAAACCCUUUGAUUUUAUGAAUGAGAAAAGUAUUGUUUCAUGAUUGUAAUUGCUUUUCA